UAUACGUAUAGAUAGGUUCCCAAAACUUUGCAAUUCCAUGGCAUUAGUCGGUAUUUUUGAAGUCCUCUUGGCUCUGUUUUGCUUUCUGUUUUUAUACCGCUCAAGAAACAACGAUGGGUGUCCGAAGAAUUAUCCGAUUAUCGGGAUGAUGCCGGGGCUUCUCCUCAACGUUCAUCGGAUUCAUGAUUGGUGUACCGAGGUUCUCGACAGAUGCCACUGCACUUUCCAUUUCAAAGGCCCUUGGUUUGCUAAUAUGAACAUCAUUGUGACCUGCGACCCUGCAGACAUUCACUACAUUAUGAGUUCCAACUUCGCCAACUUCCCCAAAGGACCCGAGUUCAAACAGAUGUUUGACGUCUUGGGAGACGGUAUUUUCAACUCGGACUCGGAUUCGUGGAAAAAUCAGAGGACGGUUGCUCAAGGAUUCAUGAGAAAUCAUCGGUUUCUUAAGUUUUUGUCGACGACUUCCCGGUAUAAAGUCGAAGGUGGCCUCAUUCCUGUCAUGGACCAUCUUGUUAAACGAGGCUUGGUGGCAGAUUUAGAAGAUGUGUUCCAAAGGUUCACGUUCGAUGCUACAUGUAUCUUGGUUACUGGCCACGACCCUAGAUGCCUCUCGGUCGAAUUCCCCGAUGCUCGUUUCUCCAAGGCCUUGGAUGAUGCUGAGGAAGCGAUCUUUUAUCGACAUGUCAGGCCACCAUGGUUUAUUAAGUUGCAGAGGUGGCUGAACAUUGGACAAGAACGGAAAUAUUGCAAGGCAUGGCAAGUUCUGGAUGACACAAUAGUCGAGUAUAUAUGCAGGAAGAGAAAAGAUUUUAUCCUAGGGCCGAAUUGGAUACCGGAAAAUGUCGAAGAAGGCUUCGAUCUCUUAACAUCAUACAUAACUGAAGAGAAGUCAACAGGUUUGAAAUGUGAUGAUAAAUUCUUGAGAGACACCAUUUUGAAUUUGAUGCUUGCAGGGAGGGACACAACGAGCUCUGCUCUUACUUGGUUCAUAUGGCUGGUUUCGAGGAAUCCGAUAGUCGAAAAUAAGAUCAUAGACGAGCUUCGAUCGAUAAUACCAGCAGAGGAAUCGAAAAAGAGACGACUAUUCGAUGCCGAGGAGGUAAAGAAUCUGGUUUAUCUACAUGGAGCAUUAUGCGAGGCAUUAAGGCUAUAUCCAGCGGUUCCCUUCCAGCACAAGGAACCUCUCAAACCAGACGUGCUUCCCAGCGGGUAUCCAGUUCAUCCGAACAUGAAAAUCUUGUUCAACUUGUAUUCGAUGGGACGGAUGAAAUCAAUCUGGGGCGAAGAUUGCUUCGAAUUCAAGCCCGAAAGAUGGAUUAAUGAGCGAGGAAGGAUUAAACAUGAGCCAUCAUACAAGUUCUUGUCAUUCAAUGCAGGUCCAAGGACAUGUUUAGGGAAGGAAGUUGCGUUUAUUCAAAUGAAAACCGUGGCGUCUGCCAUUGUUUACAACUAUCGUAUUCAUGUAUCCGAUGAAACUCCGAUUAUUCCGGCUGUAUCGAUUAUCCUGCACACCAAGGAUGGACUGAUGGCAAGGAUCUCCAAUAGAUGGGACUAAAAUACUGUUUUUAUUAUUAUCUGAAACCUGGGGAUUGUUUAGUUUCAAGUACUAGUUUGUAUUCUCCAUCUUUUCUAAUCUGGUUAUGUAGAAAGAUCCACCUUACUGUAAAUGUAGGUGGAAAAUUGAAGCAACUUUGAAAUCA